AUGCCGGCUGCACUGGAAAUCCGGGGCCGGGGUCCCAUCACGACCUUUGAGUCAGCCUCUAAGGAAGAAUUCAACCGGCAGAAAAAGUCGAUCGAGGCCCUCACGCGGCAGCACCUCGGACUGGGCAAGCACGACGCGUGCACCGUGCUGGAACGCCACAAAUGGACCCGAGGCGGCUUCAAUAUCUGUGUUUUGGUCGACGUGAAGUCCGGUCGCCAGUCCAGCAAGGUCGUGUUUCGUUGCGCCAUGCCGCACAAGCUCGCCGAAGCUCGAUAUCCCGGCACCGUCGACGAGAAGCUCGGCUGCGAAGUCGGGGCAUAUGUGUGGAUGCAAGAGAAAUGCCCUGACAUUCGCAUCCCUCGUCUCUAUGGCUUUGGCUUUUUGGACGGCCGCCAUUGCACUUGGUUCACCCAUGCUAGUCGUAGGCCGUUCCUGUUCCGCAUUGCCCGCGUGUUCUGGCGCUCGUCUACGGCCUGCUCGGAUAUCCACUCUCCUAGCGACGCUGCCCGGAGGGAAAGACUGUUCCGCGGCAUGUCCAAGAUAAUGCUUUCCCUGGCACGUCUCCCUCAGCUACAAAUUGGAGCCUUUCAGUUCGCCAGCGACGAAAACGACGGCGCCCCGAGGACAAUGCAGCGCGAAGACACGUUCAAAUGCACUGACGCCCUCGCGUCCGGGAUACUCACUUUCCACGACCGUCGCUUCCUCGGCCAGCCGAACGCCAUCUACAGCGCAAACGACUGUCGCAGCCAGAUGGCUGUCAAGACACUGCUCCGGGUAUUUUCGCACCGCUGUCUCACAAUUCUGGUGCGAGAAGAAGAAGUGAUCCAGAAGAAGCUAGUUGACAGGGAGAAGUAUGACGCUGAGCUGAAGCGUAUCUUUGGCGAAUGA